AUGGUUUCUCUCGCCGGCGACUGCCAAGCACCGGGGCAUGCGGGGGAUAUAUCUACAGAAGAAGCAGAGGCGGGCAUCCUUCCAUCACAUGGUAAUAACUUCUUGCAAAGACCCCAAUACACAUUUCCCCGCAGUUUGAUAACAAUUUCCAAAGGCAUUUCUUUGGAUAUUCAGGGCAAUACCGAAGAUGGCCGGCCACCGAUCAUCCACCACCUCUCUGCUCCCGCCUACCAAAGCCCGCUCAGGCACCAUUGCCGUCAACCAUCCCACCACAGAGAAAUUAAGGAGACUUUAGAUGCGAGAUCAGAGUAUACGAACAACGAAGAAGAUGGCAGGGCCGAGCACCGUAUCAACCAGUACAUAAUCAAGGAUGAGAUCGGGCGGGGUUCUUUUGGUGCCGUCCACCUAGCAGUUGAUCAAUAUGGAAAGGAAUAUGCAGUUAAAGAGUUCUCAAAAUCCCGACUCCGGAAACGAGCACAAUCGAAUAUUCUUCGGAGACCUCAAGGCGUUAGAAGGCCGGGGCAUUUAUCAGCGGGACUGAGCUUCAAUUCUCCUUUGCAUCGGCAUUCGGCUUCCGAUAUUCACAAUGGGGAAGUGAAAGGCAAUCCUCUCUACCUCAUCAAGGAAGAAAUUGCUAUUAUGAAGAAGCUUGACCACCCGAACCUAGUCGCGCUCAUAGAGGUGUUAGACGACCCAGUAGAAGAUUCUCUAUACAUGGUUCUAGAAAUGUGCAAGAAAGGUGUUGUCAUGAAGGUCGGGCUCGGUGAAAGGGCAGAUCCUUAUGACAUAGAAAAUUGUAGAUGUUGGUUCCGAGAUCUCAUUCUUGGGAUCGAAUACCUUCAUGCGCAAGGUGUUGUGCACCGAGAUAUUAAGCCCGACAACCUCCUCCUAACUGAAGAUGAUAUUCUCAAGGUGGUGGAUUUUGGAGUUUCUGAGAUGUUCGAAAAACAUUCUGAGAUGCUCACUGCUAAAUCAGCUGGAUCGCCAGCCUUCUUGGCCCCAGAACUGUGCGUUACAAAGCACGGGGAUGUUUCGGGCAAGGCGGCUGAUAUCUGGUCGAUGGGGGUCUGUCUUUAUUGUCUCAGAUUUGGUAGGAUCCCUUUCGAAAGCACUCAGGUUCUAGAACUCUACGAAUCUAUAAAAACCGAUGAUUUUGAAAUAGAGCCGGGGAAUGACCCUGAGUUCUGUGAUCUGUUGAGGAAACUUUUAGAGAAGGAUCCGAAGAAACGGAUUACCAUGGUGGAGCUAAGAGAACAUCCUUGGGUCACUAAAAACGGAAUCGACCCCCUACUGUCUGCGGAGGAGAAUACUGCAAAUCUAGUGCAACCGCCUAGUGAAACCGAGGUGAACCAUGCUAUCACCGGGAAAAUGAGGAACCUGUUGACCAUGAUGCAAGCGGUAAAGAAGUUUAAGAGUCUACUAGGAAGAUCUAGACGACCGCAAGGUCUAUCGGACGCCCUAGGACAAGGCGCUCGUAUAUUUCCAGCAUCAGAACCAGUAUUUCAUAGAACAAGCAGUUUUGACCUGCAUGAUCGCAGGGCUGUUGAGACUGCUCUUGCUAGUGAGGGCGUUCAUCAUGAUGUUGUCUCUUCAGAUGCCAACACUCCUAAAUCCAUGGGAAGCCGGAUCGAUACUUCUGUGGUCGUGAUGAAUGAGCCCCAAGCAGGUUCUUAUGAUGGUCAUGGGAAGGGUCUGACGCCCAGGCGCAUUCCCUCUGACGAAAUUCCUGGACCCUCGGGUCCUGAUCCCCAGCGAGGCGAUUCCUCCGGUGAGAAAGGCCAUGCGCAUGACCCAUUAGACGGAGAACCGUUGUUCCUUGGCGUGGGCGCUGGAGUGAACAACUCUCUGGCAACAUCAGAAGAGAAUUUCGUCGCAGAAUCACCAACUGCAGCGGAUUUCAAUAUCUAUGACACUGCAUAUCAAAAGGAAGUUGAGCGAAUUCGUGCAGCUCAAGGUCACGCGGUAAAACUGUAUCUGACACGACGGGUGGAUGGCCAACUACAAUACAAAGAUGAUAAAAACCUAAUCGGUCAGCCCACUAGCCCUCAGGCUUCCGGUACCCACGAGGGUUUUGGAGGCGCCUUUAAGCGUGCUCGAGAGAAAGGCGAAGCGUCUUUUGGCGGUGACGAAAUGGUCAUUACAAGCAGCACGUUCGCUGAUAUUGCUUCAAAGGCGAUCGAGAAUUCGAAGAUAGCCGGAAAGACACCUAAUGAUAAAGGCGAGCUUGCUCUUGACAACCUUAUGCAGAGGGUGAUGGGGAAGCCGAAAUGA